AUGGCGGAACGCUACAUUCCCGAGCACCGUCGGACGCAGUUCAAGGCUAAGAACCAGUUCCGUCCCGAUGAGCUUCGCCGCCGCCGUGAAGAACAGCAGAUUGAGAUCCGCAAGCAGAAGCGCGAGGAAGGACUCGCGAAGCGACGUGGUAUCACCACUCGUGAUGGUGGAAUUGGCGUCGGUGGUGCCACAGGUGCUGCUACCGAAAGUGACGAUGAAGCUAGUGCUAUCGAGAGCGAGCUCAAUGUCGAACUUCCCUUGAUGGUCAAGGGCGUGAUGUCCGACUCCGUUGAGGACCAGAUCAGCUCCACCACCCGCUUCCGAAAGCUUCUCUCCAAGGAACGCAACCCUCCUAUUGAGCGAGUCAUUGAGACUGGCGUUGUCAGCCGAUUUGUCGAAUUCCUCCGCUCCCCCCACACCCUUGUCCAGUUCGAAGCCGCCUGGGCUCUCACAAAUAUCGCCAGUGGAAGCGCUACCCAGACACAGGUGGUGAUCUCCGCCGGCGCUGUGCCCAUUUUCGUCGAGCUGCUUGCCAGCCCUGAGCCCGAUGUGCGGGAGCAGGCCGUUUGGGCCCUUGGAAAUAUUGCUGGUGAUAGCCCUCACUGUCGUGAUUUCGUUCUCGGCGCUGGUGCGCUGCGCCCUCUCCUGAACUUGAUCAACGAUGGCCGCAAACUGAGCAUGCUUCGUAACGCGACCUGGACCCUGAGCAACUUCUGUCGUGGCAAGACCCCCCAGCCUGACUGGAACACCAUUGCUCCUGCUCUGCCUGUCCUCGCCAAGCUUAUCUACAUGCUGGAUGAUGAGGUCCUUAUCGACGCCUGCUGGGCUAUUUCAUACCUCUCCGACGGUAGCAAUGACAAGAUCCAAGCUGUUAUUGAGGCGGGCAUUCCCCGACGCCUUGUGGAGCUGCUCAUGCACGCCUCCACAUCGGUUCAAACUCCAGCACUUCGCUCUGUUGGAAACAUCGUGACCGGAGACGACGUUCAGACCCAGGUGAUCAUCAACUGCGGAGCACUUCCUGCUCUGCUGUCCCUCUUGAGCUCGACCAAAGACGGUAUUCGCAAGGAGGCCUGCUGGACCAUCUCCAACAUCACUGCUGGAAACUCGAGCCAAAUUCAGGCUGUCAUUGAUGCGGGUAUCAUUGCGCCCCUUAUCAACCUCCUGGCCAACGGCGAUUUCAAGACCCGUAAGGAAGCAUGCUGGGCGAUCUCCAACGCAACUUCCGGUGGCUUGCAGAAGCCUGAUCAGAUCCGUUAUCUGGUUUCCCAAGGAUGCAUCAAGCCACUUUGUGAUUUGCUCGCCUGCCCUGACAACAAGAUCAUUCAGGUGGCUUUGGAUGGCUUGGAGAACAUUCUCAAGGUCGGCGAAAUGGACAAGGAGGCCGGUCAGGGCGAUGCCCACGUUAACCGCUAUGCUCUCUUCAUUGAGGAAGCCGGUGGUAUGGAGAAGAUUCACGACUGCCAGAACAACGCCAACGAGGAAAUCUACAUGAAGGCCUACAACAUCAUCGAGAAAUACUUCUCUGACGAGGAUGAGGCAGCUGGUGAGAUCGACGAGCUGGCACCUCAGCAGACCCAAGCCGGCUUCACUCUUGGCACUGGACAGCAGCAGCCUGCUGGCGGAUUCAACUUUGCUGGCGCUCCUGACUCCAUGGACAUGUAA